UGUCUCCUCGCCACCUAAUUCGGAGUUUGUAUUGCACUCGUUGCAGUAGGAGGGUCCAUGUGCACAGAAUGACGUCGCUCAGCAAGUCCGUCUGACUCCUUCGUUGUUUUUUAUCUCUCUUCUAUCGGAGGGCUAGAAAAUCGCAAAUCUGCGAAAUUAUGUUCGUAUUGAGUCAAUAUCUGACACUGCCGUCCUCCUCGACGCUGUCGUUCGGUCUGUCAAAACAGCGCCUUGCUGUCGCGGAUUACGAGUGAUACGCAGCUGACUUCUCUGCCUUGAGCUGUCAAACUGAAACUCAAGUGGAUUUAUUUGCAAGAGUAAAUACUAUAUGUUUGGAGGGAGGGUAUUUGGAAGAAGAUACAACUAUUGCCCUGUCUCUGUGUGCUUUCACCUCUGGAUUAUUGCUGCCCAGCAACUCAGCCACCUGACAAGUCUGAAUGUCGUAAUUAAGGUGAAUCAAUGACCCAGGCAUGGAGACCAAAAGAUACCAAAGUUUCUUUGAAGGAGCUGACACAGAGAACAGAUGGUCCCAGGUCACCAGUGCUAUGGACUAUUGCAGCAGCGCCGAAGAGUCCAGCCUAGCUAACAGCGACAUCCUGAUGGACAUUGUCAAUGUUGGCUGCCCAGCAGGCAACGCUGGGGUUGAUUGCAAGAAGAACAAUGUCAAGAAGCCGGAGCAGCAGACCCUCCGACUUGGUCAGAAUCCGUCAAUCAUCCUCCCCCUCUUUAACAACUCCCUCCAUGGCCGUAAGCUGGAAAUGGACUCCAAGGAGCUUUCCAAGACUGUGGCGGAAUCUAUGGGCUUGUACAUGAACGCAGCCCGGGAGGCAGAUUUUGGAUUCAGCCAGCAUGGUGGUCAAUGCAGCCCGGGAAAGAUGUACCCGGUUUGCGGGCGCGCCCUUGAGGACAACCAGUGCAUGUCCUCAGGGCGUGUCAAGUUGAAGGCGCCAGCGUCGGGCCUCCAGACGGUCCUGCAGCAGUCGGGUGUUAGCCCAGGGGAGCUCUCCUCGGGCCCUCCGAUCGUGUCAGUGUCGGCCCAAGUUUCCUCACUCUCCUGCAGCCCCCACACCUCCAGCUCCAUCUCCAGCCCUGGAGGCAGCAACAUGGUGUCGUCCACCACUAGCCCCACGACCUGCUUCGGCCCGGGCUGUUCGUCCAUCAGUAGCCCCAUCAGCCAGAAUCCUGCCGCCAUCGGACCGCCGCUAGCCCACGUCCAGCGCAGGAGUUCAGCAACCUGUAGCCCGGCAGAGUCCAGCACAGUGGGCUCUCCACCUCUCACCAGCCCCCUCAAUGUAAUGAGGUCGCCCAUCUCCAGUCCCCAGAGCAUGAGCAGUGUGCGCUCCCCGCCAUCAUGCAGUGCCACCUGCACCCUGUCUACCUGCAACAUGUCGUCUGUGUCCAGCCCCACAGGGAGCAGUGGUAAUAACAUCAACUGCAACAGCAAUGUCAGACCGUCCAUCUCUAGUCCCACUGUAGGGGGGGCUAUGGCCGUCUCAAGUCCGAGGAACUCUUCCUCUACUGGGUUUGGUGUUUCCAGUCCAGCCAGUGGACUGGGCUUGGUCCAGAAUGACUCCUGUAGUCCAGAGGCCUCCAGUGGAGACCAAGACUUUAAGUCCUUUGAGUUUCCCAAGGUGGAGAGCGUGGAUGGGGAGCUGUUUAACGUAGGACUGGAUCAGAUGGGGAUGGUGAAGUACAUCAAGAAUGAGCCCGGGACAGACUACAGGAGCAUGUGUCUGGGCACCUCCAAAUGCCACGCUGGUGCCGGUUCGCCCUUCAUCACACAGAUCAAGAGUGAGCCAAACAAAGAUGGUGGCUGCAUGAAUCAGCAUCACUUUGGUGAGCAACCGUCCUCUAUGGGUCUCUUCCCUGCAUCAGAGACAACCUAUUUGUCACUGAGGGACAACAUUGAUGAGUACAGCCUUUCUGGGAUUUUGGGACCUCCCGUGUCCUCCAUGAAUGGCAACUAUGAGGCUGGGGUAUUUCCCAACAAUACCCUGUCCAAAGGGAUUAAACAGGAGACCAACGAUGGCAGCUAUUACCAAGAGAAUAAUAACGUGUCAACGUCGGCCAUUGUUGGCGUUAAUUCAGGUGGACACUCAUUUCAUUACCAGAUCGGAGCCCAAGGAACAAUGUCUUUCUCGCGGCACGAUGUGAGGGACCAGGCCAACCCUUUGUUAAAUCUCAUUUCACCCGUUGCGGCGUUAAUGGAGUCGUGGAAAUCUCGACCAGGCAUGGUGCAGGGUCCGCUGUCGGCCAGGGGGGAGCCCUACCCAAGCCAGAGCUGCCUGGCAGACAACAUGUCAAGCUCAUCGUUGAGGCAACCGUCAUCAACUGCCAAGGUGUGUCUGGUGUGCGGGGACGAAGCCUCGGGAUGUCACUAUGGAGUGGUCACAUGCGGCAGCUGCAAAGUCUUCUUCAAGAGAGCAGUAGAAGGGCAACACAACUACUUGUGUGCCGGGAGGAACGACUGCAUCAUCGAUAAAAUCCGGAGGAAAAACUGCCCUGCGUGCCGUGUACGGAAGUGUCUCCAGGCUGGGAUGAACCUGGGAGCGCGCAAGUCCAAGAAGCUGGGAAAACUGAAGGGCGUGAGCGACGACCCCUCCCACCAGGGGGCCAAGGACGGCCAGACCCCAGGCAGCGGCGGGAGCUUUCUGUCCUCAGACAAAGAGCUGAACACCAGUGUGGCCGGCGCCCUGGUCCCCCACGGCCCCGGGGUGGUCACCCCCUUCCUGCCACCGUCCAUCUGCAGCGUCCUGGAGCUGAUCGAACCUGAGGAAGUGUACUCUGGCUAUGACAACACCCAGCCUGAUACCACUGACCACCUCCUGUCCAGCCUCAACCAUUUGGCCGGCAAGCAGAUGAUACGCAUGGUCAAGUGGGCCAAAGUACUUCCAGGAUUCCGGGGCCUGCCCAUUGAGGACCAAAUCACCCUGAUACAGUACUCCUGGAUGUGCCUCUCCUCCUUUUGCCUCAGCUGGAGGUCCUACAAACACACCAACGGCCAGUUGCUCUACUUUGCCCCCGACCUUGUCUUUAACGAGGACCGUAUGCAGCAGUCGGCCAUGUACGACCUGUGCCUGGGCAUGAGGCAAGUGAGCCAGGAGUUUGUGCGUCUGCAGCUCACCUAUGAUGAGUUUCUCUCCAUGAAAGUACUGCUGCUGCUCAGCACAGUUCCCAAAGAGGGUCUGAAGAACCAGUCGGUGUUUGAGGAAAUGAGGGUGAACUACAUUAAGGAGCUGCGGCGGUCAGUGGGCAAGGCCACCAACAACUCGGGCCAGACCUGGCAGCGUUUCUUCCAGCUCACCAAGCUACUGGAUGCCAUGCAUGAUCUGGUGGGGAACCUGUUGGACUUCUGUUUCUACACUUUCCGCGAGUCACAGGCCCUGAAGGUGGAGUUCCCCGAGAUGCUGGUGGAGAUCAUCAGCGACCAGAUACCAAAGGUCGAGUCGGGCCUCACGCACACCCUGUACUUCCACAAGAAGUGACUUGAGUUUACGGGUGCAGUGAAGAGAGAGACUGAAGUGAAACGCACGGCCGAGUGAAGGCAAUGGGAAAGGUGAGGACGGAAAUGAAGAAGGACAGCCCCACGAGGAAGGACCCUAGCCUUACCAGUGGCCUACUGUACCGUCUGGCCGCCAGUCCAUUGGACGGCCCCAGGCCCUCACUCCACCCUGCACCCCUCAUCCUCCAAUAGGGAGUGACACAAAGCAAAGCGCAGGAAAGAGAGGGAGUAUGUAAACCCCCCCACACACAGACAAACACACAAACACACACAGACAGAAACGCUACCGUCACCGAUUGCUGGCCAGAGAUGUGAAGAAAGCAUGUCAGAGCCAAGGACAAUACGUUAAGGAGACAAUGUGACAAAACAUCCCCUUGAACCCAGACAACAACCCCAAACCCCCCCCCCCAAAAGACGAUGACAAUUUUAUAUGGAUACGAAGCCAUACAUUUCUUCGGUUGCGCUACACAAACACGCCCGCUGAUACCACACAGAGGCUCAAUCACACUUUCAGCAAACACACUUCUAAUGCGCACAAACACUGACACACAAGCUCCUCUUGCCCCUUUUUAAAAAAAUAAUGAUAAACUUGGCUUUUGCUUUUUUUUUUAUAGAGCAAACAGCACUACCCUGACAAUAUGAAAAAAGACAACAAUGCUUACUGUAGAUGUUGCUUUGCAGCCAUUUUAUUGAAGCAUUGCAAAAAAAACACUAACAUGCAAACUAUUCUCUUGACAAAAAUUAAAUCUAGAUUAUUUGUGAAGGGAAAGGACUAUUUGAACAUACUCAAAGGGCUAUACAAGCUUAUUAAUAAGCUGAUAGUUGCAUUAAAAACUAACUUAAUUACACUUUUAAUUAUGUGCACUACAAAAUAUUAGCAACACUGCAACAUCGAUUAACUCGGUUUUCUAAGAAUUGUGUAUAACAAUCAAAACCUACUCUUUAUAUGCAAAACUUCAGAGCUGACAAGGAUUCUGUGAAGUGACGUAAAGGAAGUUUGAGUACUGAGAACGUGAAUCUGUCAUGUCUUUAAAUAGAGUUGCAAUUUAAGGCUUUCUGCUGUAGAAUUAUAAUCUACCAUUGCUGAAAGAUUAUUUCCAUCCCAAAAUAGUGUGGGAGUACGGAACACCACACGUUUACGAUUUCACUGCUCAGCCACAGUGUUUUCCUGUUGUAAUGCGUUUGACUGCUGACUACCAAGUCAUAAUUGCCAUGAAGUGUGUGUGAACGACAUAACACCCAUUCUUUUGUCUAUUUAUACAAAAAGUAAACUGAAAACCAGCCCUUUGUGGAGAAGUCAACCAACUCUUACCUACUGUUCCCAGCGAUAAUAAUAAAGCAUUUUUGUAUUAUUGUGUUGCAAAAAGGUUUAAUUUUGAAAAAACCUGACAUUUUACAUCAAGGUGCUUGUUUUUUGUCCUUGUUUUUAUGCAUACAAUGCUAAUUAUUUCUGGUAGCUACACAUGUACAAUUACAGUAGCAUUAGACAUCAUACUGACACCAAUAGCAAUCCUACAAACACAAACUGGAUGAGGUUAGUCAGGGCAGAGGAGUUUUAAAAAUGUCAUUACUCUACAGUGCAGUGCUUUCAGCAAAUGUAUUAACUUAACUGGCAAACUUGUGUAUAAAUGGCACUUGCUUACGGUCACAUUUUACCCAACUGUUGUACAGAGAAAUGUUUGGAAUACAUGUUGAUAAAUACUGAUAAAGGACUAAUGCAUUCGGCUUGGCCACCUGUUCUGCUUUUGUGUGUUUCCCAUCUUGUCACUGGGUACUGAACGUAGGGUAACUACUAGACGUAUGGUAUUGCCCAUGCCUAGUCAUCUGGACCAUUCUGUACUUGUCUCACACUUGGCUAAGUGCUUAGUGUGUUGUGGAACACUAUGAUGAUGCUGCUGAAAAUCGUAAGUGAUAGAACCAUUCAGGAGUGAAAAAAGAGAGAGGCGGGGUUUAAUUUGUUAUUGUGAGUGAUUUUGAGUAAGAGUGGGUGUGUCUUCGGUUGUCUUUGAUUUUUUUCUUUCCCUAGCAAGCACGAGCGAUCUGCUGUUUGUGUGUGGGCAUUGUUCAUUUAUGCUAUGGGAUUAAGCAUAUCCUAUUGCCUGACACGGAUUUGCACAGAAGAGUUAUAAUGUGAAAAUGGGGCAUUAGAGUGCCGAGCGUUGUCUGGUCUGGCGAGUAAUUGUGACUUACAGAAUGGGAGACUUCAGCACAAUUCCAUAGGUAGUGGGUAGAUCCAUCAUAAACGCUAAAGAGGUCUCUUUGCUGAUGGGUUUUUCUGGGUGGGCCCCCCUAGUGCUUCAGAUGACAUCUUUCAGAAUUUUUAUGUUUUUGUGUCUCUUUAUGAAGUUUCCUUGGUGAUUGAACCUAGAUAUGUUUGAAGGAGAUUGGGUAAAGAAAAGAUUAUGAUAUGAGAAAUGGAUAUGGACUCCUUAAAGCUUAAACACUGACUUUGCAAACCCGUGUCCUUAUAUACAUUACUGUGUUAACUUUUUUGAAGGACUGAGAAUAAGCUGUUUUGUCUCCUUUUACUCACCCCCCUUCUUAAAAAAAUUGAUUUGAUGUCAAAAAGGUUCACAGGACGAACGGGAAAGUAUUUUUGAAAUAAUUAUAUUUUGCUGAAAAAAACAAUAUUUAAGUACUUUGUCUAAAAAUAAAACCUGAGAUCUUUUUUUGUAAAUGAAAAUGUUUAUGCAUGCUUUCUGAUGAGAUGUUUACAUUGUAUUUAAGAAGGGAAAUUGUGCCUUUUUAUCUCACCUGAUUUACAAUUUUACAGGAUCUAUUGUAAAUAAUACAGCAAGUCUAUGUUGGGCAGUAUAAGAUUUCUACUUUCACCGUCUUGAUGGAAUAUCAGCAGUCCGUGGCUCCCUGUAGUUAUAUGGUUUUUGUGUUGGACAUGGUAAGAAUGAGGAUGGAACAGCCAAAACGCAAGGGGAGUGAGUAACUGUAUGAAUGUACAAAACAUUGUGAGAAAGACAUUGCUACCUGAAUGUUAGAGAAAGAAAUUAUUUGUUUUGUCUUUAUUUCUUCCUUUACAAUAUUGCUAAAUGUUAAAUGAUUUUGCAUCUUUAAUCUUCUUUUUGCAUUCAGAAUUUGCAAAAAGCUUUUUUUUUUUUUUUACAAAGUAGAUAUAGUAUAUACAUUUAUGGAUCCAUGAGCUGUUGCUGUUAACAUGAUUUCCUAACCCAUAACGCUACUGUUUGAUUAGCAGCACAACCACAAAAAAAUAAUAAUCACAAACUAUUAAAGCUGAUAUAUGUCUACAUAAAA